UUUACAUUUUUCUUUCUUCGAUCUCUAUCUAUCUAAUGCUUGCUUCACCAUUGUGACUAGGUUGUUUGGUGUCUUGGUAGUGGAAAACAUGAAUAUGUUUUGGCUUCUGCUGCUGAUUUUCUGCUAUGGGCAUUUCAAUGGCACUGGUGCGCGUGUCCGUGUUUCUACAAGACCGACUGUUGUUAACAUUGGCGCUAUUUUGUCUUUCAAUUCUUCCAUUGGGAAAGUUGCAAAAGUUGCAAUAGAAGCUGCUGUCGAAGAUGUGAACUCAAAUCCAGCACUUCUAAAAGGCACUAAACUCAAACUUGCCAUGCAAGAUACAAAACAAUCUAGCGGGUUUUUGGGAAUCGUUGAAGCUUUGCAGUUUAUGGAGAAUGAUACAGUGGCCAUAGUUGGUCCCCAACAAUCAGUUAUGGCCCAUGUAAUUUCACAUAUUGCGAAUGAGCUCCAAGUCCCUCUCUUAUCCUUUGCAGCCACAGACCCCACUCUGAAUUCACUCCAAUUCCCUUAUUUUGUUAGGACAACACAAAGUGACCUCUUUCAGAUGUCUGCGAUAGCAGAAAUUAUAAGCUACUACGAAUGGCGAGAUGUAAUAGCAAUCUAUAUUGAUGAUGAUCAUGGCAGAAAUGGGAUUGCUGCAUUAGGUGACCAACUCGCCGAUAAACGUUGCAAAAUCUCGUACAAAGCACCUAUGAGCCCCAAAGUAGGCAGGAAUGAAAUCACCAAUACACUGCUUAAGGUGGCGUUGAUGGAGUCUCGGGUAAUAAUCCUUCACAUACUUGCUACUUGGGGUCUAGAGGUAGUUGAUGUGGCACGAAACAUAGGGAUGAUGGAAAGUGGGUAUGUGUGGAUAGCUACUGAUUGGCUCUCUACUGUACUUGACACAGAAUCUUCCCUCCCUCUAGCAGCAAGGGAUAGUAUUCAAGGGGUUCUUACCUUGCGUAUGCACACUCCAGAUUCGGAACUCAAAAGGAAACUUGUUUCGAGAUGGAGCAACUUGACUGACGGACUUUUCGGACUAAAUACUUAUGGUUUGUAUGCUUACGACACUGUUUGGCUUCUUGCUCAUGCACUUGACACAUUUUUAAAUCAAGGGGGACAUAUUUCAUUUUCCAGUGAUCCAAGAUUAACCAAGUUCCAUGGAGGUAACUUGCAUUUUGAUGAUAUGAGAAUCUUCGACGGUGGGAACAUGUUGCUUACUAACAUUUUAGAGGUGAAUAUAAGUGGUGUAAGUGGCCUAAUAAAGUUCACUUCAGAUAGGAACCUCAUUGGUACUGCAUAUGAAGUCGUCAAUGUAAUUGGCACAGGGGUCAGGAGAAUCGGUUACUGGUCCAAAUCUUCCGGCUUGUCAGUUGUGCCUCCAGAAAAGCUCAACGAACAAAUAAAUCGUUCCCACUCAAAUCAGCUAUAUGGUGUAGUCUGGGCGGGACAAACAACUGAAAAGCCUCGUGGGUGGGUAUUCUCAAGCAACGGAAGGCAAUUGCGGGUUGGAGUCCCAAUCCAAAUUAAUUUUCGUGAAUUUGUUUCCCAAGUAGAUGGUUCUGAUAUCUUUCAUGGGUAUUGCAUUGAUGUAUUUAAUGCUGCACUAGAAAUAUUACCAUAUGCAGUCCCGUAUAAGUUCAUUCCAUUUGGAGAUGGACAUAUCAAUCCGAUAUUCACAGAUCUUCUGUACAAGAUUACAACGGGUGACUUUGAUGCUGCGGUUGGCGACAUUGCAAUUACCACCAACCGAACAAAGAUGGUGGAUUUUACGCAGCCAUAUAUCGAGACUGGGCUCGUCGUAGUGGCCCCAGUUCGAAAGCAGAACUCUAGUGCUUGGGCAUUUUUAAGACCAUUUACUCCAAUGAUGUGGUGUGUCACAGGUUUAUUUGUUCUUGUUGUGGGAAUAGUUUUUUGGAUUUUAGAGCACAAGAAAAAUGACGAUUUUUGUGGCUCUCCAAGAAAACAAUGUGUCACGAUCCUAUGGUUUAGCUUUUCAACUUUGUUUAGUACUCAUAGAGAAAAGAUUGACAGCUCUCUUGGUCGCUUCGUGCUUCUAAUAUGGCUUUUUGUAGUUCUAAUACUCAACUCCAGUUACACUGCAAAUCUGACCUCAAUCCUCACAGUUGAACAACUUUCUUACUCUGUCAAAGGAAUUGAAAGUUUAAUAACAAGCAAUGAUCGCAUUGGUUACCAGCGUGGUGCAUAUACUGAAAAUUAUUUAAUUGACGAGCUCAACAUACAUAAGUCCAGACUUGUUCCUCUUGACACGGAAGAAGAAUUUGAGAAAGCCUUGAACGAUGGGCCCAACAAGGGUGGUGUUGCUGCAAUAGUUGAAUCGCGAGCACAUAUGGAGCUCUUCCUCUCCAGCAGAUGUGAAUUUGGUAUAGUAGGUCAAGAGUUCACCAAAAUGGGAUGGGGUUUUGCUUUUCCACGGGAGUCGCCCCUAGCAAUUGAUAUGUCAACUGCAAUCUUAAAGCUGUCAGAGAGUGGAGAAUUACAAAAGAUUCUUGACAAGUGGCUUGCAAGAAAAGCUUGCAACUUAGAAGGAACAAAGCAAGACAUAGACCGCCUUUCACUUAAAAGUUUCUGGGGGCUCUUUUUAUUGUGUGGCUUAGCUUGUGUGGUUGCUCUACUUUUGUAUCUUGUUAAGAUGGUUCACUAGUACAUGAGACAUUCUGGCCGGGGCUCGUAAUCAUUUCUCUCAUUUGUUAAAGAAAAGGAACCAUGGUCAUAAAAUGGAAGGGUCGGAAGAAAGCGUAGCGAAGAGAAACGAAGGAGAAGAGAAAACGAAGGAAGAGGGUAUCAAAUGGAAGAGUCCAAGAACAUGAAUCUAUAAAUUUCUAAUAUUGAUGUUAUAUUGGGUAUGAAGCAUAGUUAGUUCUAGACGAGUAUCCUUCUUGUUGAUAAUUUAAGAGAGAGAAGAACCUACCUACGUAAGACAGAUGGAUCUCACAACUUCUUUCUAAUAAAAUUCGAACAGCUUAAAA